AAGUUUUCGAAUUAGAUGACUUAGUAAACCAAAUUGACACAAAAAAAGAAUUAAAAAAUGAACCGGCAAUUGAACUCUUUAAAGUACGAAAAACAGUAAAGGAUUUAAAGAAGAGAGAAGCUUUGGCAAAUAUAGAGAAGAAUAGGCUCUUGGCGAAAUUGAAAGCAUUUGAUUCAUCAUUAGCUAAAAACAGCCAUAAAUUCUUUAACAAUUGUGAAAUUGAAAUUAUUGAAUCAAAUAUAGAAUUUCUUGAUUAUUUUAUUCAUAGAAAAUUAAUUCCUAUAAUUCAAAAAA